AUGGAUAUGGGAGAACUGCAAUCGCGCAAUCUGCAGUCAGAGUUCAGUGUGAAAUGUUUCGGAAUAAUCCAAUCUCUGCUGCAGGACAUUGAAAUAAAAAAGGAGAAAUUUGUUACAGUUGUACAAGGCAAAGACAACAAAUUGUCUGAGCUGCAGGGUAAAUAUGAUCAGGUGCAAAUGAAACUGGCUGUGGCAGAGACUGUGGCCAGACAGAAGGAGAGCCAGAUACUGCAGCAGCGCGACUUAUGCAACUCCCAUAGAAACAAUAGCCAUAUCAAGGAUGAGCUACUAACGGCCUACAGACAGCAUGUCAAGGAUAAAGCCGCAGAAAUUGCUGAGUUGCAGAAGGAACUCAAGGAGCAAGCAGAGAUCUUAUUCAACUUCACAUCUCAAACUAAGCAAAAGGAUGCCCAAAUAGAGCAGUUGCAAGCGAUUCAGCUAAUACAAGAUGAAAACAUGAGUAAGAGCGCGGCGCAAAUUGAGCAGCUGAAGUCCCAGUUAGAAACUAAAGAUACGUUCAUAGAGAGCUUGCAGUCGAAAAUACUGUCGUACAAUAUCAAAGCCGAAGAGCUGCAAAGCAAUCUGAAGAAUAGAGAUGCCCAAAUCGAGAAGCUGCAAGCGGAAUUGAAAAAGAAAUUGGAAGAGCGAGAUGCGUUUAGCUUGCAGUUGAACGCGAGCGAACUGCUAAACGAGCAAAAGAUAUCGGAAGUCAGUCACUUGAGAUCGGAAUUGAAUCAAACACAGCUACAGUUGUCGAAGUAUGAGGACCAACUCGAUAAUGUGCAAUUGAUAAAUUGCUAUUGGUAUGGCAACUCAUCCGCAAUACGCCAGAUACGUGCUCCCGGCAUCAAACCAUUUGAUGUGCUCUGCGAUUCGCAACUGGCCGGGCAAGGCUGGGCCGUAAUACAGCGUCGCUUUGAUGGAAGUGAGAACUUUUAUAGAAACUGGAGCGAAUAUCGCGAUGGCUUUGGCGAUCUACACGGAGAAUUCUUUAUCGGCUUGGAGAAGAUCUACAGACUCACACUGGCCCAGCCCAACGAGCUGUACGUCCAUUUGGAGGACUUCAACAACAGCGUCUACUAUGCCAAAUAUUCAGACUUUGGCAUUGCUAGUGAGAGCGAGAAAUGCCGGCGACGGGCUCUACUAUGGCAGAAAUCGUAA